AUGGAAAACAGCCACGGCCAGCAAACAAAAAAGCUAGUUCCUGGCCUCAUCGCGGCUCUGGCCGGCUCGGCAGCAGUGUUUACAUGGAUUGAAAACAACCCCGAUUCACUCUCAGAGGCUCCACCGAAACUCAAAAACACCCAACAUGAUACCUUAAAAGCGACUGGCAAAUUUUUCAAGCUCGAAGAGAUCCGCCAACAUGGCCCAGACUCAGAUCGACCCUGGAUCAUGAGGGGAAACAAGGUCUACGACAUUACAGACUGGAUCGAGAGUCACCCCGGAGGCAAAGUGAUUCUACGAGCAGCCGGAUCAGCAGUUGAGCCGUAUUGGGACAUCUUCACAAUCCACAAGAAAACAGACGUGUACCAGAUUCUGGAGCAAUACCUGAUCGGACAUGUGGAUCCUGACGACCUUGUUGAUGGGCAGGUCCCAAAGGGCUCGAUAGAGGAUCCAUUCUCAGGCGAUCCCAUUCGCGACUCUAGUCUCGUUGUCCUAACUGACCGACCUUGCAACGCUGAGUCCCCAAUGUCUGGACUGACGUCCUUCAUAACGAGCACAGCUUUAUUCUACGUCCGACAUCAUUUCUGGGUCCCUCAGAUCGCCAAAGAGUCGUACAAAAUGACGAUUGAUAUUGGCGAUGGAUCCGACGAGAAGACCUAUACACUCCGUGAUCUGCAGACAAAGUUCCCGCAACAUACUAUUACUGCAACCCUGCAAUGCUCUGGAAAUCGACGUGCGCAUAUGAACGAGGGUUCGGGUCGUGAUGCGAGUGGCCUCAAAUGGGGCGCUGGCGCCAUCAGCAAUGCCGAAUGGCGUGGUCCUCUUUUGCGCGAUGUUCUUGCAGACGCUGGAUUCGAUGUUGAUUCACCACCGGGUGACCUGCAACACGUUGAGUUCUACGGCGAAGACACGUACAGCACUUCCGUGCCUAUAGACAAAGUCCUCGAUCCCCGCCAAGACGUGCUCCUUGCCUGCGAGAUGAACGGAGAAACCCUCACAGGCGAUCAUGGAUACCCAGUCCGAGCGCUGGUGCCUGGAAAUACCGCAGCGCGCAGCGUUAAAUGGGUCAACCGCAUUUCCCUCUUAGAAGACGAGAGUCAGUCACAAUGGCAACAGCGCGACUACAAGGGCUUCGGGCCAAAUGAAACGCGAGAUACGAUCGACUGGGACAGUGCACCAUGCAUUCAAGAUACACCCGUGCAGUCAGCGAUCACAACCAUCCGACCGGAUCAGAACAAUGACCGCUCAGACUCGAUGGUGGUGGAAGGUUAUGCCUUUUCUGGAGGUGGACGGAAGAUUGUCCGAGUCGACGUCAGCAUCGACAAUGGGAAGACCUGGACACAAGCGAAGAUCGAACCGCACAAACAUCUAGGGCAUAAGACCUGGAGCUGGUCAUUAUGGACUCAUCGGUGCCGACGCCCACCAGCUGAUAGCUGUGUUAUCGUCAAGGCCGUCGACGAGGCAUACAAUUCUCAGCCGGAUUCAUUUGGGCCAAUUUGGAAUUUCCGAGGAGUUUUGGCGAAUGCGUGGCAUCGGGUUCGGAUUGACAAGCUGUUUCAAAGCGACACAGAUUGA